AUGGCACCGCCGCCGCCGCCCGUCCGGUCCCCGCUGCUGCCGCUGCCGCUGCUGCUGCUGCUGCUGGCCGCCACCCCGGCGCUGCCCGCGCUGGCGCUCCUCCGGGCGGCCGCCUGGGAGCCGCGCGCACCCGCCUGGACCGCCGCGCUGGACGUGAGGGGCGGCUGUGCGCGCCUGGGGGGCCGCCCGCUGCCGCUGCCGCUGCGCCUGGCCGCCCGGGCCGCCCCGAGCCUCCGCCUGCGGGUCCGCGCGCUCGGCCCGGGCUGCGGCUCCCACGCGCGGCGCGGACUCGGGUGGAGCGCGGAGCUGCGCGCGCGCGCCGUGCUCACGGGUCCCGGGCCCGGCGCGCGGCUCUGCUUCCCCGCCCCGGGUGGAGCCGGCGGCGACGGCUCCUGGGGGGCCGCGCUCUCGGCGCCCACCGGCUCCCCCGCCUGCAGGUGCCCGUCGUGGCACUCGGGGCCCGUCCGCCUGCGCCUCCGGUGCGCCCUGCGGGUGGAGCUGGCCCUGGAGGCGGCCGAGUCGACGCCCUCCCCGGAGCCGCCGCCGCCGCCGCCGCCGUCGUCUCCGGCGGGGGCCGGGCCCGCGCGCCGGGCCCGACGGGGCGCAGCGCCCGGCGGCGGCUUGGGCAACACGAGCCCGCAGUUCCCGCUGCCCAGUUACCAGGUGUCCGUGCCCGAGAACGAGCCGGCGGGCACCGCGGUCAUCGAGCUGCGCGCCCACGACCCCGACCCCGGCGACGCGGGCCGCCUGGCCUACCAGAUGGAGGCGCUCUUCGACGAGCGCUCGGGCGGCUACUUCGCCAUCGACGCGGCCACGGGCGCCGUGCGCACCGCGCGCGCCCUGGACCGCGAGACCAAGGACACGCACGUGCUCAAGGUGAGCGCCGUGGACCACGGCUCCCCGCCGCGCUCGGGCGCCACCUACCUCACCGUCACCGUGGGCGACACCAACGACCACGGCCCCGUGUUCGAGCAGUCCGAGUACCGCGAGCGCGUGCGGGAGAACCUGGAGCUGGGCUACGAGGUGCUGACCAUCCGCGCCACGGACGGCGACGCGCCCUCCAACGCCAACAUGCGCUACCGGCUGCUGCGCGGCGCGGGCGGCGUCUUCGAGAUCGACCCGCGCUCCGGCGUGGUGCGCACCCGCGCCGCCGUGGACCGCGAGCAGGCGGCCGCCUACCAGCUGCUGGUGGAGGCCACGGACCAGGGCCGCCACCCGGGCCCGCUGAGCGCCACGGCCACGGUGCACAUCGCCGUGGAGGACGAGAACGACAACUACCCGCAGUUCAGCGAGCCGCGCUACGUGGUGCGGGUGCGCGAGGACGUGGCGGUCAACACGCAGGUGCUGCGCGUGCAGGCCACGGACCGCGACCAGGGCCCCAACGCCGCCGUCCACUACAGCAUCGUCAGCGGCAACCUGCGCGGCCAGUUCUACCUGCACGCGCUCAGCGGGCGGCUGGACGUCAUCAACCCGCUGGACUUCGAGGCCAUCCGCGAGUACACGCUGCGCGUCAAGGCGCAGGACGGCGGCCGGCCGCCGCUCACCAACGCCUCGGGGCUGGUGUCCGUGCAGGUGCUGGACGUGAACGACAACGCGCCCAUCUUCGUCAGCAGCCCCUUCCAGGCCGCCGUGCUGGAGAACGCGCCGCCGGGCCACUCGGUGCUGCACGUCCAGGCGGUGGACGCCGACUCGGGGGAGAACGCGCGGCUGCGCUACCGCCUGGUGGACACGUCCGGCGCGGGGUCCCCCUCCGGACCAGGCCUUGGCGGCGGCGGCGACGGCGGCGACCCCAGCCCCGACUUCCCCUUCCAGAUCCACAACAGCUCCGGCUGGAUCACCGUGCGCGCCGAGCUGGACCGCGAGACGCUGGAGCACUACAGCUUCGGCGUGGAGGCCGUGGACCACGGCUCGCCGCCCCUGAGCUCCUCGGCCAGCGUGUCCGUGACGGUGCUGGACGUGAACGACAACGACCCGGCCUUCACGCAGCCCGCCUACGAGCUGCGGCUCAACGAGGACGCGGCGGUGGGCAGCAGCGUGCUGACCCUGCGCGCCCUGGACCGCGACGCCAACAGCGUGGUCACCUACCAGCUCACGGGCGGCAACACCCGCAACCGGUUCGCGCUCAGCAGCCAGAGCGGCGGCGGCCUCAUCACGCUGGCCCUGCCGCUGGACUACAAGCAGGAGCGCCAGUACGUGCUGUCCGUCACCGCGUCGGACGGCACGCGCUCCCACACGGCGCAGGUCUUCAUCAACGUCACCGACGCCAACACGCACCGGCCCGUCUUCCAGAGCUCCCACUACGCCGUGAGCGUCCGCGAGGACUGUCCGGCCGGCACCGCCGUCACCACCGUCAGCGCCACGGACGAGGACACGGGCGAGAACGCGCGCAUCACCUACGUCUUGGAGGACCCCGUGCCCCAGUUCCGCAUCGACCCCGACGCGGGCACCAUCUACACCACCGCCGAGCUGGACUACGAGGACCAGGCGGCCUACACGCUGGCCGUCACGGCGCGCGACCACGGCAUCCCGCAGAAGUCGGACACCACGUCCCUGGAGAUCCUGGUCCUCGACGCCAACGACAACGCGCCGCGCUUCCUGCGCGACCUGUACCAGGGCUCCGUGCUGGAGGACGCGCCGCCGUCCACCAGCGUCCUGCAGGUGUCCGCCAACGACCGCGACUCGGGCCCCAACGGCCGCCUCGUCUACACCUUCCAGGGCGGCGUGGACGGCGACGGCGACUUCUACAUCGAGCCCACGUCGGGCGUCAUCCGCACCCAGCGGCGGCUGGACCGGGAGAACGUGGCCGUGUACCACCUCCGGGCGCUGGCCGUGGACCGCGGCAGCCCGGCGCCCCUCAGCGCCUCGGUGGACGUCCAGGUGACCGUCCUGGACAUCAACGACAACCCGCCCGUCUUCGAGAAGGACGAGCUGGAGCUGUGGGUGGAGGAGAACAGCCCGGUGGGCUCGGUGGUGGCCCGGAUUCGCGCCCGGGACCCCGACGAGGGCCCCAACGCCCAGAUCAUGUACCAGAUCGUGGAAGGCAACGUGCCCGAGGUCUUCCAGCUGGACCUGCUGAGCGGGGACCUGCGGGCGCUGGCCGAGCUGGACUUCGAGGUGCGGCGCGAGUACGUGCUGGUGGUGCAGGCCACCUCGGCCCCGCUGGUGAGCCGGGCCACCGUGCGCGUCCGCCUCGUGGACCAGAACGACAACGCGCCGGAGCUGCCCGACUUCCAGAUCCUCUUCAACAACUACGUGACCAACAAGUCCAGCAGUUUCCCCACGGGCGUCAUCGGCCGCGUCCCGGCGCACGACCCCGACUUCUCCGACCGCCUCAGCUACGCCUUCGUGCGGGGCAACGAGCUGCAGCUGCUGCUGCUGAACCCGGCCACGGGCGAGCUGCGCCUCAGCCGGAACCUGGACAACAACCGGCCACUGGAGGCGCGCAUGGAGGUGGCUGUUUCCGACGGUGUCCACAGCGUGUCGGCCCUCUGCACGCUGCGGGUGACGGUCAUCACGGACGCUAUGCUGAGCAGUAGCAUCACGGUGCGUCUAGAGAACAUGUGGCAGGAGCGCUUCCUGUCGCCGCUGCUCGGGCUCUUCGUGGAAGGGGUGGCCGCCGUGCUGUCCACCUCCAAGGACCACGUAUUCGUCUUCAACGUCCAGAACGACACGGACGUGCACACGGCCAUUCUCAACGUCAGCUUCUCGGCGCUGCAGCCCGGCGGUGGCCGCGAGGAGCGCUUCUUUGCCUCCGAGGACCUGCAGGAACGCCUCUACCUCAACCGCUCGCUGCUGGCGGCCGUGUCCACGCAGCGGGUGCUGCCCUUCGACGACAACAUCUGCUUGCGCGAGCCCUGCGAGAACUACAUGAAGUGCGUGUCUGUGCUGCGCUUCGACAGCUCCGCGCCCUUCCUCAGCUCAGCCACCGUGCUCUUCCGGCCCAUCCACCCCGUCGCUGGGCUGCGGUGUCGCUGUCCACCCGGCUUCACCGGCGACUACUGCGAGACCGAGAUCGACCUCUGCUAUUCCAGCCCCUGCGGGCCCCACGGACGCUGCCGUCGGCGUGAGGGCGGCUAUACCUGCGAGUGCUUGCAGGACUUCACGGGGGAGCACUGUGAGGUGAGCGUGCGCUCGGGGCGCUGCACCAACGGCGUGUGCCGGAAUGGGGGCACGUGUGUGAACCUGCUCGUCGGGGGCUUCCACUGCGUGUGCCCCCCGGGCGCCUACGAGCGGCCCUACUGCGAGGUGACCACACGCACCUUCCCGCCCCGCUCCUUCGUCACCUUCAGAGGCCUGCGCCAACGUUUCCACUUCUCCGUCUCGCUCACGUUCGCCACGCAGGAGAGGGACGCGCUGCUGUUGUACAACGGGCGUUUCAACGAGAAGCACGAUUUCAUCGCUCUGGAGAUCGUGGGCGAGCAGGUGCAGCUCACCUUCUCCGCAGGAGAGACGACAACCACAGUGGCCCCACAGGUCCCCGGGGGCGUGAGUGACGGGCGGUGGCACAGCGUGCAGGUGCAAUAUUACAACAAGCCCCACAUCGGCCGCCUAGGCCUGCCGCAUGGGCCGUCGGGUGAGAAGGUGGCUGUGGUGGCCGUGGACGGCUGUGACAGCGCCGUGGCUGUGCGUUUCGGCCGCCUCGUUGGCAACUACAGCUGUGCUGCGCAGGGGACCCAGAGCGGCUCCAAGAAGUCCCUGGAUCUGACAGGGCCGCUGCUCCUCGGGGGCGUCCCCGACCUGCCCGAAGACUUCCCUGUGCACAACCGGCACUUUGUGGGCUGCAUGCGGGACCUGGCGGUGGACGGGCAGCGCGUGGACAUGGCCAGCUUCAUCGCCAACAACGGCACCAGGGCGGGCUGCACGGCCCAGAGGAACUUCUGCGAGGGGAGCUGGUGCCAGAACGGGGGCACCUGCGUGAGCCGGUGGGGGACCUACCUGUGCACCUGCCCGUUGCGAUUCGGGGGCAAGAACUGCGAGCAAGCUAUGCCUCAUCCCCAGCGCUUCAGCGGAGACAGCCUGGUGGCCUGGCAGGACCUGGAUGUGACGGUGUCAGUGCCUUGGUUCCUGGGCCUCAUGUUCAGGACGCGCAGAGACGGGGUCCUGCUGGACGCCUGGGCAGGCGCUUCCUCCCGCCUCCUCCUGCAGAUCCUGGACGACCACAUCCACUUUGAGGUGUCCCACGGCCCCGCCGACGUGGCCUCCAUGCGGCUGGCCCGGACCCGCGUGACGGACGGGGCGUGGCGCCAUCUGCUGGUGGAGCUCCGGAGCGCCAAGGAGGGCAAAGACGUCACCUACCUGGCGGUGGUGACCUUGGACUACGGGAUGGAGCAGGGUGCUCUGCAAAUUGGGAACCAGCUCCCUGGGCUGAAGAUGAGGCGUGUGGUCGUCGGGGGCAUCUCUGAGGACCAGGUGUCCGUGCGACGAGGCUUCUGGGGUUGCAUGCAGGGGGUACGGAUGGGGGAAACGGCCACCAACCUGGCCACGCUGGACAUGAAGGACGCCGUCAAGGUUGGGGUGACAGAGGGCUGCACCCAGGAGGACCCCUGCAGCUCCAGCCCGUGCCCUGCACACAGCCGCUGUCACGACAUGUGGGACAGCUACGCCUGCGUCUGUGACCGAGGCUACUUCGGGCGCCGGUGCGUGGACGUGUGUGAGCUGAACCCCUGCGAGCACGUGGCGGCCUGCGUGCACAGCUCCAGCUCCCCGCAGGGCUACACAUGCGAGUGUGGCAGCAGCCACCGAGGCCGCUACUGUGAGGACAGGAUAGACCUUCCCUGCCCCCGAGGCUGGUGGGGGAACCCCGUGUGUGGACCCUGCCUUUGUGCUGUGGACAAGGGCUUCGACCCCGACUGCAACAAGACCAACGGCGAGUGUCGAUGUAAGGAGAACCACUACCGGCCGCCAGAGCAGGACGCCUGCCUGCCCUGUGAGUGCUUCCCUGCAGGCUCACACAGUCGCACCUGCCACGCCGACACGGGCCAGUGCUCCUGCAAGCCCGGCGUCCUGGGCCGCCAGUGCGACCGCUGUGACAACCCGUUCGCCGAAGUCACCAUGCUGGGCUGCGAGGUAAUCUACAGUGGGUGUCCCCGGGCAUUCGAGGCUGGCAUCUGGUGGCCGCAGACCAAGUUUGGACAGCCGGCAGCGGUGCCCUGCCCCAAGGGGUCCGUGGGAAACGCCGUGCGGCACUGCAGCGGGGACAGGGGCUGGCUGCCCCCCGAACUCUUCAACUGCACCAGCAAUGCCUUCGUGGAGCUCAAAGCCAUGAGCGAGAAGCUCAGCCGUAAUGAGACGCAGAUGGACGGCUCCAGGGCCCUGCAGCUGGCCCGGGCACUGCACAAUGCCACACGGCACACGGGCACCCUUCUGGGGGGCGACGUGCUUGCGGCCUACCAGCUGCUGAGCCGCGUCCUGCAGCACCAGAGCAGUCGGCAGGGUUUCGAGCUGGCAGCCACGCAGGACGCACACUUCCACGAGGACGUGGUGCAGACUGGCAGCGCCCUCCUGGCGCCCAGCACGCGGCCGUCGUGGGAGCAGAUCCACCGAAGUGAGGCCGGUGCCGGGCAGCUCCUGCGUCACCUAGAGGCCUACUUCAGCACUGUGGCGGCCAAUGUGCAGCGGACGUACCUCAGGCCCUUCGUCCUGGUCACCCCCAACCUGAUCCUGGCUGUGGAUGUCUUUGACAAGCUCAACUUCUCGGGUGCCAGGGUGCCCUUGCUGCAGGGCGCCCUCCAGGAGGUCCCCAGAGACCUGGCAGCUUCUGUGGUUUUCCCGGCCGACUUCUUCAUGGAGGCCCCGCGGAGAGAGGGUCCCACCAUGAGACCGGCCGGCAGGAAGGACGGCCCCCCGCAGACGGUGCCCCUGACGCCCAGCACCGAGCCCGAAGCCAUGGCCAAGAGGCAGAAGAGGCGCCCAGAUGAGCCCAGCCAGGCCGCCGUGGCCCUUGUCCUCGUGUACCGGACGCUGAGCCAGCUCCUUCCUGAGCACUAUGACCCUGAUCGCCGCAGCCUGCGGCUCCCCAACCGGCCCGUCAUCAACUCACCGAUGGUGAGCGCCGUAGUGCACAGUGAGGAUGGCCCCCGUCCCGGUCCCCAGGACUGGCCCGUGAUGGUUGACUUUGCCCUGCUGGAGACCGAGGCCCGAACCAAGCCCGUGUGUGUGUUCUGGAACCACUCGAUCAUGUAAGGAGGGACCGGAGGCUGGUCAGCCCGGGGCUGCGAGCUGGUGGCCCGGAACCGCACCCACGUCUCCUGCCGCUGUGAACACGCAGCCAGCUCUGCUGUUCUCAUGGAUGUCUCGAGACGCGAGCACGGCGAGGUCCUGCCCCUGCGGAUCGUCACCUACGCAGCUGUGUCGCUGUCCCUGGCCGCCCUGCUGCUGGCCUUCGUGCUGCUGGCGCUGGCCCGCUCGCUGCGCUCCAACCUGCUGGGCAUCCACCGGAAUCUGGUGGUCGCCCUGUUCUUCUCGCAGCUGGUGUUCGUGGUGGGCAUCGCGCAGACCCGGAGGCCGUUCCUGUGCACCGUCAUCGCCAUCCUGCUGCACUUCGUGUACAUGAGCGCCUUCGCCUGGACGCUGGUGGAGAGUCUACACGUGUACCGCAUGCUCACCGAGCCACGCAACAUCGACGCGGGGCCCAUGCGCUUCUACUACGUCGUGGGCUGGGGCCUCCCGGCUGUCAUCACGGGACUUGCAGUGGGCCUGGACCCCCAAGGCUACGGGAACCCCGACUUCUGCUGGCUUUCCCUGCGCGACACCCUCAUCUGGAGCUUUGUGGGGCCCGUUGGCGCUGUCAUCAUCGUGAACUCGGUUCUCUUCGUGCUGUCAGCCCGCGUGUCCUGUCAGAGGAAACGCCAGUACUAUGAGCGCAAAGCGGUCGUCCCCCUGCUCAGAUCCGCCUUCGUCCUGCUGCUACUGGUCAGCGCUGCCUGGCUGCUGGGUCUUGUGGCCGUCAACAGUGACGCCCUGGCCUGUCACUACCUCUUCGCUGUCUUCAGCUGCCUGCAGGGGGUCUCGGUGCUCCUGUUCCACUGUGCCCUCAACACGGACGUGCGCCGCCACCUACGGGGGGUCUUGUCCGGGAAGAAGCCCCACCCCGACGACUCGGCCACCACCAAGGCCACACUGCUCACGCGCUCCCUCAACUGCAACAACACAUACAGCGAAGAUCCCGGCUUGCUGCGCACAGCCCUGGGCGAGUCCACGGCCUCACUGGACAGCGCCUGCAGGGAUGAAGGCGGCCCGAAGCUCAGCGUGACCAGUAGGCCAGCGCGGGGCGGGGUGCCCUGUGCCUCCAAGAAGGCCCACGGCCCUGACUCCGACUCAGACAGCGAGUUGUCUCUGGAUGAGCAGAGCAGCUCUUACGCCUCCUCCGCCUCCUCAGACAGCGAGGACGACCGGGCAGAGUCUGGGGACAGGAAGGGCCCCAUGCACAGCACUCCCAAAGUGGACAUCGUGGCCACCAACCACGUGGCCACCAGCUGGCCCGACGAGAGCCUGGGCGGAAGUGACAGUGAGGAGCCGGGGGGCGAGAAUCACGGCCUGAAGGUGGAGACGAGGCUCAGCGUGGAGCUGCACCCGGAGAGCGGGGCCCCCCCGAGACCCCCUGAGCAGAGGAAAGGCAUCCUGAAGAACAAGGCCACGUACCCGCCACCCCUCUGCGAGCGGCCGCUCCGGGCCCGGCUUCGUGGCAAGCUGUCUGAGUUCGGACCGAGCCCCUCGUGCUCCCGCGCGUCCACCCCGGACGGUGCCGUGGCCGGCAAGGAGCCACGCGGGGAGCAGCCGGGCCGUGAGCACCUCAAUGGGGCGGCCAUGAGCGUGCGGGCGGGCAGUGCCCAAGCCGAAGGCUCAGGGUCUGAAGGCAGUAACGAAACUUCAAUUUGAACCAUCAGGAAGUCGUGACACUUUGCCUUCACCUGCAUGUCCGAAUCACAUCUUCCCAUGGCUGGCCCAGACCGUGUUCCUGACAGGAGCUGUCCCCAGCUGCUCGGUGGGCAAGUGGGACCACGUAAUAAGUGCCAAAGGCCACACACGUGCCGGAGGGACAGACGCCUCUGCUGUGAGCCAUGUGCAGAUCUGACCAGCCCAGAGGCCAAUGGUCGGUGCCAGGAGCUGCUGGCCUGGUUGGUGUGUGGACACCCUCUCCCCCUCGGCCCAGGCCCCCGGACAGACUUUUUGCAAAGCUGCUGAAGCACGGAGGGUUUUGGUCCCUGCCCGGAUCCGUGGGACGCAUGUGGGACGCCGAGAGCCUAUUUUUGGCUUUGGACCGACUUGCCACGGGGGAGGAUGGAAGGACACAGCUGGGCUGGUGGGACGGACAUGGCAGGCCCCAGGAUGUGUGGGAGAAACUGUCUUUUGUUAGGUGCUGGGAGCUUCUGGCCAUGCCCAGCAACCCCUUGCUGGGGCCUCCUUGGCACCUCUUCACUAGCCAUAACCAGGAGAGCAGGUGGACCCCCUUUUGUCCACUGCCUGUGGGGGUGGGGAGCUCACACCGCUCCUGAGGUGUGGGGCCGGCUGGCACCCCUUUCCCUCCUGCCAACUUUCUGGCACUUAGAGAUGCCGGGACUCUGGCAGGCUGGGGUCCCCUCAGGGCCUCAACCAAUUACUUCAUUUUGCUUCUAAUGGGCCAAUUGUGCAAAGGGACAAAGCCAGUGGUCGCACUUUCCAAAGGCUCCCACGCUGCAAGGCCACUCCAUGGACAGCUGGCGUGGCCAUGGGCGGGUGCAGACCUUUCCGUGCCAGGGUUGUUUCUCUGACCAGGUGCUGGCCCUGCCCUGUCUGGAUGCGGGCUGCAGAGGGCCAGAAACCGCUACUGGCAUCUUAACCCUGCUCCUGUUCUGAACCACUUUUGUAUUAUUUGUUACUCUGGGCUUGUCCCCCCACCCACUCCAGGGGGACGGUUUUGACUGGGUCAAUCACUGAAACAGUCUCAUGGCCAAGACGGGCCGUACUGACCGUGUCCAACACUGGUGUGACCAUACCACUCUAUUUAUUACUGUUUGCGACACUGGAGCCCCCCUAAGACCCACAAUAAAGGAAGUGUAGGGCUGGGUGGCA